CUUGUACCGUCUCUGACCAUCUUCUCUCUCUCUCUCUUUCAUUGUUUUUCACAAUUUCCUCUCUCCUCACUGUCUUUUCUGGCAAGGUCCCUUUCCAUGUCGCCAUUUUCAUCGGUUUCUUGUUUUAGGUCAUUGAUUUUCUUGAGUUUCAUUUUGUAUGAGGUCUUAGUGAGCAAUUUGGAGAUCCAGGGUUUAAAUUUGCUCAAUGCAUUUUUCUAGUUUCGGUGGUUUAUGCCUUUUUUAUGAGAUUACCAUACUAGAUAGGGUUUUGAUUCUUCUCUAGCCCAAUUCAUCAGAGUGUGCUAUAAGCUUCCCAACUGGCUAAUAGGUGCAGAUUAUUUUCUCUGUAAAUGGAUUGGUAACAUCUUUGUAUUCUGAAAAUGUGGAGUUAAUGAGAAAUAGCUCCGAUCUGUAUUUCAUCAAUUUCCAGUCACAUGGCUCGAAAAGGUACUGCCCAUAAGGUUCCGGUUUCAGAGUCAGAAGCUGUUCCAUCAAAGCAGAAGAAACCUAGUGACCAAUGCAAGAAAAGCAGUCCAUCUAGAGGUCAGUCAAAGAAAACCAAUUAUUCAAAAGAUGGUAGGAAAAACAUUGUAAAAUCAGAAAAUGUAGUUCACAAAGAAAGCUCUGAAAUGAAUACAAAAUCAACCAAUGGACAUGCGACUUUUUCACAAGAACAAAGAGAAAAUGGAGAUAGAUUUGCAUAUGGGUCUUCUGAGUUUGGAGAGGUUGAACCUAUGUCAAUAGAUAAGGAUUCUGAAUAUUCAAGAAAUCCGUCUGGGUGCUUACAAAAUGGAGUUCAAGAGAAGAUGGCAAGUUCAGGAUCUUUAGAUGAUGUGGGUUCUAGGAGUUUGGGAACUUCGGCAUUGUCUGUUUUAGAAAUAGUCAGGGAAUGGCUUAAAAAACAGAAUCCGAGGCUCACCACUUUAAGGAACAUGGUAUCAAAUGUUUGUGAUUGUAUAAUCGCAAAGACCAAGUAUGCUUACCCAAUUAUUUGGAGGUGGCUUCAUCAAUUUGGGAAGACAGUGCUGCUACUAUCCCUGGUUUGGCUGGACUGCAGUCUUAGGGGGUUUGAUUCAUUGUUUCGUUUGGGUACAACAUCUUUCUUUACUGUGAUCUGGUGCAGCAUUCUUUCAGUUACUGCAAUGAUAGGGACUUCUAAAUUUCUUAUAAUGGUGGCCACAACUGGCAUGGCAACCAUCUUACUUGGCUUCUCCCUUGCAAUUGUAAUAGUUGCCUUUUUGGCUCUAGUGUUUCUAUGGAUGUAUGGCAGCUUUUGGAUUACGGGUCUUGUGAUCUUGGUUGGAGGGGUCGCUUUUUUGUUGAACCAAGAACGCAUCGCUCUCCUGAUUACCACAUUAUAUGCAAUUUACUCUGCAAAAUUAUAUGUUGGGUGGCUUGGGCUUUUCCUGGGGAUAAACUUGUCUUUCAUAUCCAGUGAUGUUUUGAUUUACUUUCUAAAGAACAAUAUAAAUGAGCGUGAAUCAAGGGGUGCAACUGAUGAGACUCAAGGAAGGCCAGGUGCCUUCUUUGGUGAGCCUCUCCAUUCUGGUUCCUCUGAUCCAGGGUUUCAAACCGCCACUGCGAGAUCCACAGACCAAGGAUUUCCUUCAACCAGUGGUGCUUCUUCAGAAACAGAAUUGACAUCGGAAGAGGAAGUUGUACGAUUAUUGAAUUGUGCUGACCACUAUGCGGCAUUGGGCCUAUCUCGUUUCGAAAACAUUGAUGUUCAAUCUCUUAAGCGAGAGUAUAGGAAAAAAGCAAUGCUGGUCCAUCCUGACAAAAAUAUGGGCAAUGAAAAAGCGGCAGAAGCCUUCAAGAAGCUUCAAAAUGCUUAUGAGGUAUUACUGGAUUCUUUGAAGAGAAAGUCAUAUGAUGAUGAAUUGAGGAGGGAGGAACUUCUCAACUACAUCCGUAGAUUCCAGAGUGCUUCUCAGAGGAAAGGAAGGCAAGGUUUCUUUGGACCUGGCUUCUCUCAUUCAGAGGUUGAUGAGGAGGAACCUAAUGGUGAUUCAAAAAGGAUAGCUUGCAAAAAAUGCAAUAACUUCCACUUAUGGGUCCACACUGACCGUUCAAAGUCUCGGGCCCGAUGGUGCCAGGAUUGCAAAGACUACCAUCAAGCAAAAGAUGGUGAUGGGUGGAUCGAGCAAUCUGGUCAUUCCUUCUUCUUUGGAUUGUUGCAGAAGGUGGACACACCCUAUGCAUAUGUCUGUGCUGAAAGCCGGAUAUAUAAUGCCACUGAUUGGUUCAUUUGUCAGGGAAUGAGAUGCCCAUCCAACACUCACAAGCCAAGCUUCCAUGUAAACACUAGCAUGGUCUCAAAGCAUGCUUCUAAAGUAGGAGGGGGAACAGCUCACAGGCCUGGUGGUCCCAUGCCCAAAGAUGGCUUGGAUGAAAACAUGACUGAGGAAGCCUUCUUUGAAUGGUUACAAAAUGCGGUCCGGUCUGGCAUGUUUGAGGGUGCUGACACCCCCUCUGACAGCCCUGGCCCCAUGGGCAGUAAUGGUAAUUCUGGUAAAUGUAACAAGAAUUCUGGCAAGAAGAAGAAGAAGGGCAAGAAGCAAUGGUAGAGAGAGAGAAAAGGGGGGGACGGGGAGGGUGAAUGGGCUAUUCCUGUAUUUUUUAUCCACUUUGGGCUUGUUUAGAGAGAGAGAGGCUAAUUCUGCAUUUUGUGCUGGUUUAGAGAAAGUGAGGCUAUUCUUGCAGUGUAAUCCAUUUCUCCCAUUGCUGUGGUAUCUCUAUAUGUUGUGCUCUUUUGGGUAA